GGAUGCUGCAGCAGCGAAAGUCUCCUGAUCGUAGCCGGCGUGCAGCAGGGACUCCCUCUCUCCCCACUUUCAACUCCACAGGAUGUGAGAACAGAUAAAUGAUCAGGAUGGUAGCACUGGUCCAUCUCGAUGUGGACAGACCGAAGCAGAAGCGAUGGAGGAGACAACGCCAGACCCCGCGUUUGUGGAUGUGGACCAGGGCUUGACUCUGGCAUGCAUUGCCUUCCUCUGCCUGCUACUGGUGGCCAUGAUCAUCCGCUGUGCCAAAGUCAUCAUGGACCCGUACAGCGCCAUCCCCACGUCCACCUGGGAGGAACAGCAUCUAGAUGACUAGCAUGAUUUGCAGAAAGUGCCGUCUUGCUGUCGUGAUGAGAUAAACCUCUAUCCAGGAUGCAAAGACAGGUUAAAUGGACUUACCCCAACACUGAAGCACACCAUCUAGAGACUCUACAAGCUCUGAAACUACCUACAGCACCAGGACCAGGCAGAACAACUCAACACUGGACAAAUCUGUUCCCAGAACAAAAUAUUGAAUACACUAGGACAAUGAUCACUGAAUGAGUUUGAGAAUGGGCCUGUGGAAGUUAUAUUUUUGGGGGAACCUUUUAGGUUUUGUACAUUUUUCUAAUAAUCAUGAUGGAUGGGGUGUGUGAAUUUAAUGUAUGCUGUUUGCUGAAAUGAAGCCUGGCUUGAAGGCAUGCUGACAAAGCUACUCAUAAGAACUACUUGACACUGAAAUGAUCAUAAUUUAUAUCCAUUUACAGUGAAGUGGCAAAAUACAAGUAUGCUAGCUUGAAUGCAAUUCAGGGUGAGGCUUGUGCCAAUAAUCAGUUAUACAACAUAUCGUGAUAAUCAACAUGCACAAUAUCAUUAAUUUUCCAUUUGGCAGGAGACCGCCUGGGCAGGCAGCACUUUUGGGCUGUUGGUCUGUCUCAUUGGGGGAGAAGCUUUAGCAUUUGAAGGCAGUACCAUAUCUUUCUCCUUGAAGGGUCGUGGGCAAGCUGGAGCCUAUCCCAACUGACGAUGGGCGAGAGGCGGG